AUGGAGUCCAAGAUGGGAUCCCAGACUGCGAUUCACCAUGAACAAGAGUUUCACGAGAAAAGCCAUCCUCAUCCGGCGCAUGGCAUAGUCGAUGCAGCUCAUUUAUUUCAAGAGGACAGUAGCGGCAGGGUGACCGGAAGACUUCUCAUUCCACGACCUACUGAAGAUCCAAAAGACCCGCUGACUUGGAGCCUAUGGAGGAAACAUCUCGCCCUGGCGACAAUUUGCUUUUUUGUAUUUUUAUCCAACUACAUAACAGCGUCCAUCACCCCGAUUCUGGUUCAUAUCAUCCAAGAUUUUGAGGUUAGUCUGACCAAAGCAAGCUACCUCAUCACAUUCAAUAUUCUGUUCUUGGGAAUUGGGAACCUGUUUUGGAUCCCACUGUCGUUGAAAAUUGGGAAGAGACCAGUCCUUUUGCUGAGCUCAGCCAUCUUCUUUGCGUCAAGUAUUUGGGCUGCAGUGGCUCAAUCAUGGGGGUCCUUAUUUGGAGCCCGCAUCAUACAGGGGUUUGGGGCCAGUUCGUCGGAGGCCCUGGGGCCCUCUGUUGUUGCAGAUCUCUAUUUCCUGCACGAAAGAGGAACCAAAGUGGGAGUGUACACUUUCAUGAUUGCAGGUGGCAGUGCCCUGGGGGGUACUUUCGCUGGCCUCGUGGCCGACGCGAACCCAGAUUGGCGUUGGGUCUUCUGGAUGAAUACUAUCUUGACCGGCGUUUGUUUCCUGAAUACGGUUCUGUUUCAGGCCGAAACAAACUUCCAACGACCAGGUGAAUUUGAGACUGGCGAGGGACUCGAAUCAUCUCGGCUGGCAAGCAUCCGAGCUCGAGCCAAUCCCAGUUGGUUCAAAUCGCUCAAGAUCACAUCGUGGUACGAUAGAGAAACCUCCAUCUGGUGGCUGUGGUGGAGACCGUUUCUCAUGCUUCAGUAUCCAGCUGUCGUUUGGGGUAGUAUCACUUAUGGAGUUACUCUCGGCUGGGUGGUGUUGCAGCAAACUGCCAAUGCGUCAGCUUUCCCGGAGCUUUAUGGGUUCAGUGAACUCGCUGUUGGCAACAUCAACCUUGCUGUGAGUCCAUGGUGUCUGAUUGACUUCCUCUGCUAA